GUUCACGCCGCCUUCGUCACUCAGGCAGACUACGAUUUGGCGAGGGAUGCAAGUCUCAAAACAGCAGAGGUCUGUGAGGACUUUGAAGUCCUAGAUGCUGAACAGAAGGCUCGAGCAAAGGAGAAUCUACAGCUCUCCUCAGCCGGGAACAUUCUCCGGACGUUGCUGGAAGAAGCUGCAGAUGCCGAAGAGAUCGCUGAGCUCUUCAUUGCGAAGGCUCAAGAGCCGGCCUUUGCUGUGCAGAUUGCCGGGCCCCUCGUGGCAUCCUUUGUGCUGAUGAUUCUGUAUUUCACCUGCUGCUGUUGGUGCGGUUGUUGCCGCUACUGCCGCUGCUGUAAACGCGACUGGCAAUGUGGACGCUGCGGAAAGCUCAUCUUUUUCGUCUUGCUAGUUGGCAUCGGCCUGGCUCUGACGGUGGCGGCGUUUUUGGCACUCACCGGUCUGGAUGCUGCGGUGGACGGCGUGGAGCGCACCGCCUGUGCCAGCGCUCAACUAAUGAACACCACUUUGCAGGGGGGCCAACCGGAUCUUGCUUUUCUGGGCCUUCUGCCUAUCCUGGAGAUACUUCAGUCUCUCUCUGAUUCGCUCAGCCCGGACAGCGAUUUUAUCUGUGACCUCAAAGGUGUCAUAGACAACACCCAGGACAUUAGUCAGGCCGUUUACCUAGCAUCUCAAACAAAGUCGCUGUUGUAUGAUAUGAUGACGCUUCCAGCAAACCAAAUCCCGACAGAUAGUGGUGGCGACUCCCUCUUGCACGAAUGCAAGCUGUGUAGCGAGCUCUCAAGUGUCUUGGGACCAGCCAUUGCCGCGUUGGACGGCAGCGUUGCCACAGCCUUGAAGAGAGCACGGGAAGAGGUGAAUACACAGUUGUCUGGCAGCAAAUUGCAGGAGCUUCAGGCCAACUUUGAAACCAUGAGCGCUCCCGUGGAUCAGUUCAAGGUGUCGUUGAAGUCAUUCCUGGGCCCUUUGAUAGAAGAAGACUUGCUUGAUACGGUCAAAGCACAGAUGGACACCGCCGGCAGAGGUGGUGCAGCCAGUUUCGCUAUCUUGGCCUUGCUGCUCACAGCCUGUGGACUUCUCACGGUCUUCUGCUGGUGUUGCACAACCCCAGGCAAUCCUAAAGCCAGAGUUCAUCGUUGUGCGUGCUGCACCUGGUGCUGUGGCUGUUGGUAUCUCUUCCUGGCGUUUUUGGUGGGUGGCUUGCUGAACCUGGUUGUUGUUCCCUUGUCCAGUUUCUGCCUUAUCUUGGAGGACUUGGAUGGUGAGAUUUUGCAAGAUAUCUCUGCCGCAGCGAAUCUGAACUUGACAGGCGCUGUCGGUAACAUGGCCAUCAGUCUGGUGGAGAAUUGUUUGAAUCCUCCACCCAACGCCGACGUGAACCCGGUACUUCUAGACAUUAUCACCACAACCAACAGCGAUGGUACCACGGUGUCAAUGAACGAGGCCAUUGUUGGUACCGUCACCAGCCAAAUCACCAAGCAGUUUGAUGCGAUCAGUCUUGAUACAGGAGGAUUGGCCUUGGCAGACACUGAAGAACUGCAGAUGUUGAUUGGGACCCUUCGAAAUCUGUCUAUGGAUGAGAUGAUGUUGCCAGCAGAGAGUUUAGCUUCAAAUUCAGACUACACAGCUAUGCUGGCUGAAGAAAGACUGCGAAAUUACUUGAUCACGUCGACUUCGUGUACUGAUGGCACCUUCUAUGGCAUUGACUCCUUUGUGGCCAAUCUCAGCAAUUAUGGCACCUUGGAGACGCACAGCAGCUGUGCCAAGAAAGUGACUUGCAGCGGCACACAACAGAAUGCCUGUGAUGCUGCCAAUCGCUUUAUUGACUUGAAGCAAAAGCUGCUUUCGGUGGAGACCUUCAAGUGCAAAUACUUCAAGGAUGCUCUUGGUCAGAAGUGUGAUCUCCUUUCGAUGACCUACGAUGCCAACACGGGUACAUAUGCGAAUGACUGUUUCCUCGCAGAUGGCACAUUGGAAAAGCUUGAAGAGUUUUGCACACUUCAGGAGUUCACCUCGGUGGUGACCAGCUUCGCCACGCAGAUUGAUUUGGCCAUGGGACGGGUCGACCGAGUCACCCCCGCGGCGCUGCAAAAGAUCAACGUCCAGCUGAAGUCGCUGGUGAACCAAUAUUUGCUGGUACCCAUUGGCCGAAUUGUAGAUGGGGUGACCUGCGAUUUCAUGGCAAAACAGUACGGCAACUUUGUGGACGGCAUGUGCUUCCGCGGUGUUUGGGGCUUUACAGCCAUUGUUGCAUCCUAUGUAGCUGCCGCGGUACUCACUGUCUUCCUGGUGAUCGUGAUGUACCUUAUUUGGCGCUUUGCUCUUGAUAGCUAUGAAGCUGAGAUGGGAAUGAGCGGCAUGGGCCUACGAGCCCCAGACAGAGAAUGA